AUGAAUGCACUGUUACUGAUAACGUUUGUCUGCUUCUUCUGUCAUGUUUCCUCAUCUCCCAUAACUUUCGAGUUAACCAAAGGUCAAAAAGAGUGCUUUUACGUCCUGACGCCCGAUGUUGGGUGCAGUAUAUCGUACUAUUUUGCGGUCCAAGAAGGUGAGAGCAAUGACUUUUUGAUCAAUUACGAGAUAUAUGGUCCAUUAGAUGCUUAUAGCCCGAUCCUGGAGAGGUUCAAGGAGCGGUUAGGCGAGUGGUCGUUUUAUGCUGAGCAUAGAGGAGAAUACGCAUUCUGUUUCUACGGAGGCCAAGAACAUAACAAAAUUGUCGAUCUAGACAUUAGCUAUCAGUGCGGCCAUGAAGAGGAUGCCAGAUCUCAAAGACGUAAGGAUAGGAAAGAGCAAAGGAGACUGAGAGAUUCACAUAACGAUCCUUCACAGAUAUCACUUGAGAAUUCUGUAGAUAAAAUAGAGAGGCAAUUGUAUCUUCUGGAACAGAACAUGCAAUAUUAUGAGAAUAGGAACAGGAGAAACCAUUAUACAGUUUGUUCCACCAACCGGAGGAUCGCUUGGUUCUCUGUUUAUGGCAUUUUACUAGUAAUAGGAUUGGGUUGCGCACAGGUCUUUGUGCUCAAUUGGUUCUUCAGAAGUUCCCGGAAGCAUGCAGUAUGA